AUGUUCAAUGAAGACUUUGAUUACUUUCCGGAGCCGCAGCGGAACAUGCGGUUUGAAAAACCACGGUUUGAUGGACCACCUAAUCGUGGUGGUCCACCUGGCCAUCCUGGACACAUGAGAGGCCCUCCAGGAGGGAUGAGAAGAAGAAUGAUGCCUGAUAAUGGACCUCCACCACCAAAUUUUAGGGGACCUCGUCCUCGUGAACCAAUGUUUGAUAAUGAGUAUUCUCAGCCCCAUGGAAUGCCUCCUGUUGGAAUGGGUGGUCCACAAUCUAUGCCAAGAGGCCCUCCUGGACCGCAUUUUUCAGGAAAUUCACCUCAACACAUGAGUGGAGGUCAGUAUGGUAGCAAUCGCCCUACUCAACCUGGUAUUCCUGGUAAAGGUCAUUUUAAUCAAAGGCCUCCCAUGAUUCCUCCAUUCGGAGUUCCUCCACCAGGGUUCUCUGGAGGAGGUGGAUCGCAAAAUAGACCACAUCAUCCUGGCCCUCCAUCAGGCAAUCAUGUUCAGCAUAAUUCUAAUUCACCGCUCCCAAAUUUAUCCAAUAUAGAUCUCAGUGGAGAGUUAUGGGUUGAAACAAAGACUGCAGAAGGCAAAUCUUAUUAUUAUAAUGCAAGGACUAGAGAAUCUGCUUGGAGUAAGCCUGAAAAUGUAAAAAUUUUAAAUCAAGAACAAAUUGAAGCUAUGGCAGCUGCAGCCACGGGACCGCCUGAUGCUGCUGUUUCACAAAAGAAUGAGCGACCAAAAAACAAUACUCAGAUACCUCCUGCUGGAAAUGCACCAAAUCAAUUUCCUUUUGUUCCUAUGGGACCAGUUCCAGGAAUUGGAGCUAUGCCCACUCCCAACAUGGGAAUGCUCCCUCCACCUGCAUUUGGCUUGCCUCCUCCUCCUUUUGCAAUGCCUCCUCCUGCAAUGAUGACAGCUCCUGGUUAUCCUCCAUUUGCAAUGCCACCUCCUGGAUUUCCACCAGGGGGAACAAUGAAUGUUACAACACCAACAUCAAUUGCUACAACUGCGGAAGCACUAACUAGUACCUCAGCUGCUACCACAUCUAGUUCUUCAGAAAUUAAAAAAGAAACAGAAGAAAAUGCUUCUGUUGAAGCCAAAAAAGAUGAUUGGGCAGAAUAUAAAGCAGCUGACGGAAGAGUGUACUAUUAUAAUAAAUUGACAAAUCAAUCAGUAUGGGAAAAACCACAAGCAUUACUUGAUGAUGAAAAUUCAGCAAAUGCUUCAGAAAGUAAGCCUGUACAAAUAACUGAAACAGAAGUCCCUGAUUCAUCAACAGAUGUAUCAGCUUCUGCAGCAGAUUCAGAGACAACUUCGAUGGAAGUGGAAGAGUCUGUUGAAACAAAAUCUGAACCACUAGAAGCAGACGAAGUGUUAGAAACAAAUAUCCCUGAAAUUCAGGAAAAUGGCACAGAUAUUGAUAGUGAAAAGAUUGUCACAGAUGAACCAGCAGAGGUUAAUGAAAGCAAAGAGCAGUGUACAGUUGAACUUCUAGAAGAAAGUCCUCCAAAACAGGUGGACAAGUCUCGUCCAAUAUCAAGCACGCCUAUACCUGGUACACCAUGGUGCGUUGUAUGGACAGGUGAUAAUAGGGUCUUCUUUUUUAAUCCAAGUUCUAGAACAUCAGUUUGGGAAAAGCCAGAUGAAUUAAAGGGUCGUGCUGAUGUUGAAAAACUUAUUCAGGUUCCUCCAACACAAAGUAAUGAAGCAGGAAGCAAAGAAGUUGAAAAAUCAGAUGGUGAAAAUGGUCCUGAAACAAAGAAAGUUAAACUUGAAGAAAUGGAUGAUACUGAAAAGUCUAAAGUUAAGACUGAAAAUGAUACUGCAACAUUAAAAAAUAGUAUAAACCCUGGUAAGGAAUCUGCAAUUGAAGCUGAAUUACGUGCUGCAAAAGAAAGGGCUCAGAUUCAACUAGAAAUACGUAUGAAAAGAUUUCGUGACAUGCUUGUAGAAAAAGAUGUCUCUGCCUUUUCUACGUGGGAAAAAGAGCUGCAUAAAAUUGUUUUUGAUUCUCGAUAUUUGUUACUUACAUCAAGAGAGCGAAAGCAAGUGUUUGAAAAAUAUGUUAAAGAGAGAGCUGAAGAAGAACGCAAUGAAAAAAGGAAAAAAAUGAGAGAGCGUAAAGAUGAUUAUCGAAAACUUCUUGAGGAAGCCAAUUUAUCAGCCAAAUCAACUUUCAGUGACUUUGCUCAGAAAUAUGCUAAAGAUGAACGAUUCAGGGUGAUUGAAAAAAUGAGAGAGCGCGAAAGUAUGUUUAAUGACUUCUUGCAAGAUAUUAGAAAAAAAGAGCGAGAUGAACGUUCAAAUCAAAGAGAAAAGAGCAAGAAAGAUUUUGUUGAUCUUUUGAAAGAACAGAAAACUGUUGAUAAAUAUAGCAGGUGGGGAGAUGUUAAAAAACUUAUUAUGGAUGAUGCUCGUUAUAAAGCUGUUGAGAGCAGCUCAUUGCGUGAAGAAUGGUUCAAAGAAUUUUUUAGCAAAUUGUCUCGUGAUGUGGAAGAUGAGGUUAUGAAGGAGCGUGAAAAACAAGAAAGAGUUGAAGCUAGUAUUCGGGAACGAGAAAAAGAAGUGCAACGCACUUUAUCUACACAUCUUAGGGAGCGAGAUAAAGAAAGAGAACUCCAUAAGCACGAAGAAGCUGUUCAGCAUUUUAAAGCCUUGUUAACUGAUUUAGUGAGAACUCCUGAUGUAUCUUGGUAUGAAGUAAAGAAAACACUUAGGAAAGAUCACCGUUGGGAAACUGUUGGUUCUUUAGACAGGGAAGAAAGGGAAAGAGUAUUCGAUGAGCAUAUAGGCUUUUUGUAUCGCAAGAAAAAAGAGAAAUUUCGUGAACUAUUAGAUGAAACACCUGAAAUUACACUUACUUCAAGUUGGAAAGAAGUAAAGAAAUUAAUUAAAGAUGAUCCUAGGUGCUCUAAAUUUUCUUCUAGUGAUCGAAAAUGUGAGAAGGAAUUUAAAGAGUAUUUAAAAGAUCGAAUGGUUGCCGCCAAAGCCGAUUUCAGGGAACUUUUGAAAGAAACAAAAAUUAUUACAUACAAAUCGAAAAAACUGAUUGAGGAAUCGGAUCAUCUUCAUGAUAUCGAAAAAAUAUUGCAGAAUGACAAAAGAUAUUUAGUUUUGCAGUGUAUAGAAAAUGAACGACGUGAACUUCUUAUGUCUUACAUAGAUACAUUGGACAGAAAAGGUCCACCACCACCACCAACAGCUUCGGAGCCAUCAAGACGAACCACAAAGUAAAUCUAUCAUCUUGAUCAUUUCACCAGCUGCUAUUUGUCAUUGGACAGUGUGGAUACCCACACUAAGUUUUUAAAUUUCUUCUGAAAGAAGAAUAUUUUGAGUAAUUAUUGACAUAUUCGUUAUUUUAUUUAAAACUUAAUCCCCACAUUUUGAUUUUAAUCUUUAGUGAGCUAUCAAAGAUGUACAUUUUGUUUAAUAAAAUUCAAAGCCUGUUCUAUGCAAUUAUCCCACCAGUAGAAAUGAAAUUCUACGCAUUAGUACAAUACUGCCAUAUGCAGGUAAACGGCAGUAUCUGCAGAAUGAGUUUACGAGAUAUUUGAAGAAACAUGUUUUGGGUUCAAUACAAACAAUAGGGAAAUGUUGGAAUUAAACUUUUUUCGCACUUUUUUGUUAGCAGGAAUCAGAUAAGCAAGCUUGUAAAAUACAGCUAACAUACAACAGAUGACAAAAAUGAAAAAUUAAC